AAUGUGUUAUUUCUUGGUUAUCGUUUUCAUACAUUUUUGUUCACUUAAAUGUUUAAAAUUAUCAAAUAUCGUUAUAUCCAAUCAGUGUUGAUUCAAUUAAUUCCACAAAAUUGUUCGUACUCACAAAGUUCUGCUGUGAAUCUUCAUAACUUGUUAACAAACAUGCCCAAAGAUUAUAAACAUAUACCAAUGAUACAAAAAAAUCGUUUAAAAGUGAAAGAAAAAUCACAGAAUUAUAUACCAGGAACAUUCAGAAUACAAAUACUUGGGUCAGGUGCUGAAGGAGCCCCCAGAGCGUUGUAUGUCUUCUCAGAUCAUUCACGUUAUAUGUUCAAUUGCGGUGAGGGGACUCAACGAUUGGCCCAUGAACAUAAAAUGAAAUUAUCCCGAUUGGAACAUAUAUUUAUUACUCAACCGGUAUGGGCAAAUAUGGGAGGAUUACCAGGCUUAGCCUUAACCAUUCAAGAUGUUGGAGUAAGUGAUAUUCAGUUGCAUGGACCAGAUGGAUUAGAUGAAUUAUUUACAGCAACUCACAGAUUUGUAAUAUUAAAAAAUUUGAAUGUGAGUAUGGCCGAAUGUAUUGAAAAUUUUGAAGAUAAUGCAAUGAGUAUACAAUAUGUGAGAAUAACUAAACCAGCCAAUGAAGAAUUAUCAAAUAAUGAAACAAAAGAAGUCACCCAAAAUGAUGAAGGAAAUGAUGCAAGCAAUGUGGAUUCCGUUCACAACAAACAAAAGCGGGAUCGAACAGCUUCAGUCAGCAGAAACUCAGAUUCUGAAGAUGAUAAUAUAGAUUAUUAUGCGCCUGAACGUAAGAGAAAUUCCCGCCAUAGAUCCCGCAACCGCAGAAGUAAUUCUGCUAGCAGUAGAUCUUCCUCUAGAGGAAGCUGUUCACGUCCCAAAUUUCCAAAUAUUCCAAAUGAACGGCGGGAACAAAAUACAGUCAUAAACUACAUAUGUAAAUUAAAAUCAAGACCAGGUGAAUUAAGUUUAGAAAAAUGUGUAGAAAAAGGUGUACCUCCAGGACCAUUAUUAGGAAAAUUAAAAAAUGGUGAAAAUAUAACACUCAGUGAUGGAACAAUUGUCUAUUCGAAUGAUGUACGAUCGCCAGAUGACCCUGGACCAGUUUUUAUUGUAGCUGAUUGUCCAAAUGAAAAUUAUUUGGAUUCGUUUGUAACUAAACCGGAAUGGAUUCAUUACCAAUCAACAGCAACCAAGGAUGAUAAUUUAGCUGUAGUUGUAUUUCAUUUUUCGCCACCAGAAAUUACAACUCAUCCACGAUAUCAAGAGUGGAUGGAAAAAUUUUCACCAAGUACACAACAUAUAUCACUAAAUUCAAGUGGAAGAUGUUUAGGCAGUGCUUCCAUAUACAGCGCACAAAAUCAAUUAAAUUUAAUUGAUCCGGAAAUAUUCCCAAAACUCAAGUCUCAGAAUGUAAAUGAUGAAAUUGAUUCAGAUAGUUUCACAUCGAAAAACACCGACAGCGAUUUAAAUAGCAAUUCAACAGUAUCAAAUUCAACAUCAAUUCUCUCAGAAAGUUCUAAUAGUUCAAUGAUUCCAUCUAGAAGUUUAUGGAGCUAUCAUCUUCGACCGAAGAAAGGACUUGAUAGGUCUAAUGAAAUUAAAAACACGACUGAAGAAGAUGUAGCUGAAGCAAGAAAUACAGAGGGAUUUAUAGAUAUAUUGGAUGACUUAAAAACAAAUUUAGCUUUACUUCGACUGAAAAAACCUAAAAUAGAAAACCCAUAUGUAUUAUUUUUAGGAACUGGUUCCUGUAUUCCUAAUAAAACUAGGAAUACAAGUGGAAUUUUAAUUAAAAAUAGUGAGGACAAUUAUAUACUUUUGGAUUGUGGUGAAGGAACAUUUGGUCAAUUGGUACGAUUUUUUGGCAAAAGGGAUGUAAUAGAAAUUUUAAAAAAUAUAAAAGCAAUUUAUGUGUCACAUUUACAUGCAGAUCAUCAUAUUGGGCUAGUUGGAUUUUUAACUGGACGUCGACAACUGUUAAAUGCAUCGAAUCACAAUUCAUACGAUCCAAUAUAUUUAUUUGCUCCAAAACAAAUCAUGUGGUGGUUAAAUAUGUACCAUCAACGAUUUGAAUCUAUUUCAAAUGAAUUUGUUUUAAUUUCAAAUGCAAGUCUUACGUUAGAUAAACAUACAUGCACCGAUCAAUAUUUCAAUGAAGUAUUACAAAAUAUACAAUUGAAGAGUAUUGACACCACAGUUGUGAAACACUGUCCUAACGCAUUUGGUGUAGCAAUUACAACAUUAAGUGGUCAUAAAAUUACAUAUUCUGGAGAUACGAUGCCUUGUGAUGCUUUGGUUCAAUUAGGACAAGACAGCUUUUUAUUAAUACACGAAGCUACAAUGGAAGAUGAACUACACCAUGAAGCAAGAAUAAAAAUGCAUUCAACCACAUCACAAGCGUUAGAUAUUGGAAAGCAAAUGAAUGCUAAGUAUAUAAUAUUAACACAUUUCAGUCAAAGAUACGCUCGAGUGCCUCGUAUUCCUGACGAUAUGGACAAUAAUGUUGGCAUUGCAUUCGACAAUAUGAAAGUAACAAUGAGUGAUUUACCGGUCUUGCCAUUAUUGUACCCAGCAUUUAAAGUAUUGUUUCAUGAUCAUUGUGAGCAAUUAGAAAAUAAAGCAGCAAAACGACAAGCACGUAUAAUUAGAAAUAGAGAAGCUUCUCUAUCUAGACAGAAGAAACGAAAACUUAGUACUGACAACGAAAGUGUAAUACUUGAAAAAGAUUCAAAUUCAGAAUUCAAGCAUGAAAAACUUUUGGAGGGAUAACUAUAAACGAAUUAAUUAUUUAUUUGU